AUGCGGUGGAAUAAAGGUGCAAAAGAUAGCAUUGUCACCGCUGGAGGUCACGGUAUAGGGGAUGCUCUGACACAAUUGAAUCAUCCUAACGGACUCUUUGUUGAUACGUUGAACAAUCGUGUGAUGCGUUGGCAUCAAGAAGCAGGCCACGGUACUAUGAUUGUGGGCGGAAAUGACUCAGGAACAGGAGCAAAUCAAUUCAAUCUUCUCGAUAAUUUGUCCUUUGAUCGAUAUGGUAAUCUUUAUGUUGUCGAUCGUAAUAAUCACCGUGUUCAACGAUUUUCAAUAGAAUAA